AUGGACUUGGGAAGGGUGCUUGAUGACAGCGAGCGCGGGCCACCGUCACAGCCACCACAGCGGCCACAGGAAUACUAUGCGAGGGAACCGUUAGGUCGUCCAAUCUACGAACCACAACCGGGCUGUGGACCGUCUACUUCUACAAGCCAUGCCAUCCCUACCGCGAGCGCGCUGCCUGCGUUGGGCGAAGAAUGGGUUGGCGCCAUUGCACGUCUACAGAGCCAGGUCUCGCUCAAUACCAGCAUGCUUGAGUCUCAUCGUCGACAAGUAGCUGGUAUCGAGCAAGCCGUCGUCCGACUCCAGCAAGAAAUGGCUAACGUCAUGGCUGCAAUCCAUGAGACGCGUGCGGAGCUGCAGACGAGACCAGUCACUACGAGCCAAUGGCGGGAGGGUGGUGGUGAUGUAGAAGUCUUGGCUUCGCAACUUGCGGUCGUUAACAGCAAGGUCCAUGAGAUGGACAGCGUCAAGAUGCAAUUGGAGACUAUGAGCGACCGCCUACGAAGUCUAGAACAGCAAAGCCCAAGGCUCACGCGACGCACGGGUACGACUGUGCCACAAGAUCCGUACGAGCCGGCGAGUGCACCGUCAGGUCUGCCCUCGCAAGUUCAGCCGACACUACCGCCUAUGCGGAUGAUGCCUCCAGAGUCACCUGUCCGACAUCACCAUGGUAUGCCCAUGGCGCCUGUGUCAUCUGCCCAGGAGGCUCAAACAAGCCUACAGCACAUGCAGACUCUUGCGCGAGUCGCGGAGCCUGUAUAUUAUGCUCAACCACAGGUACCCGGCUUCAGGCCUGCUCAGCCAGGUGCGCCGCCCACACCUGGAUCAAGCUGGCAUACAACAAGCUCCUACCAAGCAGCACCCCCCGUUCUGCAACCAUCACCAGCCAACGUGCCAUAUCGACCGCAGGCCUACGAAGGCGCUGGACCAGGUGCGGGCUGGGCAGCAGUCAACCAGCCAAGGAAGCGGUCAAUGGACGAGCAGCCGUUGUCAGCAUAUGGACAAUCAACUUCUGCUCCAGGCUCGCCCAAACGGCCACGUUUGGCGCCAAUUGUGCCGAGAGGUGCAUAUGGUGAAGAUUACGUACAAUCUCCUCUUGGUCUACCUUCCAGCACCAGUAUGCACGCUCCGGAAGGACCUCUAGCACGCACUCGCGCACGCUCGGACGCUAUUCGACAGUCGUCACACCCGAUGCCUUCACCCGUCUCAAUUGCGCCAGGAGUGUAUCGCUUUGUGCCCUCAGCUACCGACCCUGAAGGCAGACCGAUCUUCGAAGCGGAGCACGCGGCUCCCCGGCACGAGGAGUCGCCAGGAAGCAGUCGAGGUCGAGGUCGAGGUGGGCGAGGUCGCGGUGGACGAGGUAAGAGCAGCAAGAGUAGUUCAGGUCACUCUUUGGACGAGCAGCAUGAGGUCGGCGCACCAGGCAGUCGCGAGAUUGCUGAAGGGUAUUACGAUCCUGCUUAUGCCGCUCGUGCUGGCACUGUGUACGAACACCACGACCCUCACGACUAUCCAGCUACACCAAUAGGCGGUCAAGCUCAAGACGACUAUGCGACGCACUUGGACAUGAUCAUGGGGAGCUCGGGCAAGAAAAGUCGCACGAAGCCGAUACGUAAUGCGGACGGCGUGCUGAUCCGCAAAGAUGGUAGGCCAGACAUGAGAUCUGUCAGCUCGGCCAACAAUUUGCGAAAGGUCCAUGCGAAGCGUGAAGCAGAGCGUGCUGAGGCGGACGGCAAGACGCCUACUUCGAUGCGUUCGCUUGCAGCAGCGCACUCGAAUUCGAUGUCUUCCGAAGAUCGAGAGGAAAGGUCUGGCUCACCGCACUCCGGUGCCGGGAGCUCACCCACGCCAGAAGACCAUGAGCCUGACGAGAUCAGGGAGCGGCAUCGCGAGUUGGCUAGCAGGCCGUCCUCAAGAGAUACUAAUGCCCACGACAAUCGAAGUCUGGCCUCCACCUACUUUCCUCGCCGAGAGGACAUGACUCCGAUUCUCGCAGGGGCUCCCAAUGCAGAAGAUGCAGAGCAUCGUGGCAGGAGUCUGCCGCACCAAGCGAAUCUUGAGCCGUCCGCCAUAGCUGCAUCCUCGGAUGUGGUCAUGCAGGAUGUAGACGACGCACAGCCCGCCGAGCCGACCGUCGCGAAGAUGGAACCCAUUGCGGAGCAGCCAGAGAAUGAGCAAGCUGCCGAGAGCGAAGGCAGUGCUCCGCCAGCCACAGAGCAGACGCAGGCCGUUGAAUAG